AUGCUACAGAGUACGGCGUUGAUGUUGUUACAGCUGUUCUUCAUCGCCUUCGAGCUGUGGUGGAAAUACGGUGGUGUCGAGUGGCCGGGCAACCAAGUCGCCUAUUGUAUCGGCAAUAUCCAGGGGAUUGCCGAAAAGUCGAAUAUCGAAUCGGUGAUGACCACCAUUUUCGAGAUCAGCAAUUUGCUCCUUGGCACCCUGCUCGUUUACCUAUAUCACCGUCAAAAGACGUUAGUACAUCAGCGCUCCUUCGAUGUUUCUGUAAAUUUGCAUAGGCGGCAACUUGUACAUACUAUGCAUUUGUUUAUGCCUUACAGCGUCCUCCACGUGAUCUGUUUCAUGCUGUUCAACUGUGCCAUCUUCUUCUACCGCCCGUUAUUCAAGUUCUUGCCAGAGCCCUAUUUUUCGGCUGGCUCCGGGCUGUGUUUUUUCCCGAUGUACUUCAGCGCGGCGGCGCCCUGGAUUCUUUGGUGGAUCGUUGGAAGGCAAGAGCGGAAACGACAAUCAGCCACCAAUCUAUUGAUCCUCUUGGAACAGCAAAAAGCCGAUUCUGUAUAUUUCGAUAAUUAUAGCAGCCAGUGGGGGCAUAUUAAUAGUGCGUCAGCCGAAAAGCCGUUUUCUGCCAGCUAUUUCGAGAAA